AGGCAUGCAGACAGCCGACUACUGCAAAGUGUUGAGCGCGAGACAGAGCGGCUGUAGCCCACUGCACUGUGCGACUGUCCACGAGAAGACCCCACACCUCUGCAGAGAGCCACUCACACUCAUCCCAUCCAAUAAUGUGAAAAUUAGACGGAAACGUUUGUCAGAUGUUUAAACUCAUCGUCGCUUCAUACUUGAGUGCCGUGUCUUUUCCACAGUGUCCCAGUGUUUCCAGUCUGCUACAGAGGGAUAUCCACAAGGAUACCUGGUGUGAGAUGCGGCAAUGUCCCGAGGAGUAUGCCCACGCGUGAACUCUUACGGAUCCUUUUGGAUUUUCUCAGCGGUCGUAUUUUCGGUGUGUGUGACUUGCGUGGACUCGUACAGCUGUCAUGAAGUGAGGGCAGCCUUCCAGCUGCGGCAGGUCGGACCCCUGCACCGGGUCCCGGAGACACCUGGCACAGAUGUGGAUCUGCUGGUUUGCAAGCACCAAGGUCCAUCCUGCUGUACCCGGAAGAUGGAAGAGAGCUACCAGUUUGCUGUAAAACGAGAAACCCUCCACAACAUUCACUCUUACAGCUAUGAGCUUGAACACCUCAUCUCCGGACAUGCAGAUGCCUUCCAGGACAUGUUCCAGUACCUUCUCUCCUUCUCUCAGGGUCACCUGAGUUCUCUGUUGGAGGGAACGUACUCAUCUCUGUCUCGCCAUGCCCUGCCCCAUGUAAACCAGCUCUUCUCGUCUCUGUCCCACUACCUCCGUGGGGCCAAUGUCUCAGUGGAUGCAGCAGUUCACCAGUUUUUCAACAACCUGUUUCCACUCGUCUAUACACGACUGAUCAAUCCAGGGAUCGAAAGUAAUGUUAUGGUCGCAGGUGAAAUGAGUGACUGUCUGCGUAUGAUAAGACAAGAUGUCAAUCCUUUUGGUCCUCAUCCAGCUGUCAUGGCCCAAGAGCUGGCUGGAGCAUUGGGAGCUGGGAGACAACUGGGCUUGGCCCUGGAGGAGGGUCUGGAGGUGAUGAAUGCCACGGAACAUGUCAGCCUGAGCAAAGAGUGUGUGAAGGGCCUAGUGAAGAUGGUGUACUGCUCUCACUGCAGAGGCCUGACGCUGAUCAAACCCUGUGUGGGCUACUGUCUGAACGUUAUGCGAGGCUGCUUGGCCAGUGUAUCUGAGCUGGAUCAGCCCUGGAGGAGGUACACCAGCUUAUUGGAGCAACUAACCCAUGCUAUGGCUGGGCAGCACAGCCUGGAACUGGCCCUGCUGGGGGUCCGGGGACACGUCAACGAGGCUCUGCUCUAUGCACAGCUUCAUGGUCCACUCAUCACUGCCACGGUGGACAAGGUGUGUGGCCUGUCUACAGGGGAGCCCACUGGCAUGCAGCCUACAAGCUCAGAGGUCACAACCUCCACCAUGACCUCAUUUACUCCUCCUAUGUCUGCUGCCCCCUCACAGCCUCUACCAGAGCAGUGGAUAGGGAAGUUAGCUCACUUGAGGAGCUCGUUCCCCCUGAAACCCUCCAAGAACAAUAAACAUAGUCUGAGAACACUCUCUAGAGAGUUCCUGAUGUAUGUGCAGCGCUACAAGUCCUUCUUUGCAGCUUUGCCAGAGAUGCUGUGCGAAGGGGAGAAUGUUGUUGAUGACUCCAUGUGCUGGAGCGGAGACAACGUGGUGGAGAGUUAUACGAGCAGAGUGGUAGGAAAUGGUUUGCACGCCCAGAGGCAAAACCCAGAGGUCAAAGUUCGCAGUCCCAACCCUACCCUGGCUGAGGUCAAGGAGAGGUUGGAGCGCUUCAGUCAGGAGACCCAUGAGAGGUUUCCAAAACUGGGCCAGAUGGAGGCCUGGGAGGAGUUAGGCAGUGGGGAAACAGAGGAGGGCAGCACCACAGACUGCGAUGAUGAGGAUGGAUGUCAAGCCUCAGGAGACGGUCAAGAAAGGACAUCUCAUAUAGACGUCUCCAGUGAAGGAAAGUCCACAGGGAGACAGCCUGGAAGUGACGGCCCAUACGAGAGACCUGUCAAACCCACAUCAUUUAUGGUGAUAGGGAGCUCAUCGUCCACCAGCUGGCCACGACCCUGGGGCCUUGCACUGCUUCUCGCUGCACUUUGCUCACAGUGGACCUUAUUCUGAUGCCAGCAGCCUCUGUGAAGUCCCCUACUCUUGUCCUUUUAGGAACCACAUACAUGCACAGACACUUCCAUUUACAUAUCAUAUAAUAUCCCCCCCCCCCCCCCCCCCCCCCCCCCCCCCCGACUUCAACUUACGCGGAUGGACUAAAGAUGGAAAAAAUAACGGAAAGCUGAGAGAAGACUGCAUUAUAGGAGACUGUAAACAGGGGUUCACGGAGGAACAACAUCACCAAUUCAGGUGUUUGCACAAGCUGAUACCAUGCAUGUUCUUCUGCAAUGAUCUACAAGGCCUGCUGCUUCUUCUGUUCCGUAUACAGUCCAGUCCGGGCGACAAACACUAGAACAGCCCUACUGCUCCUCGCUUCACUGACACAGACUUUGUGGUUCAGAUUAGGACUGCAUCCUUCUGACUUUACUUAAAAACGCUAAUUCAUAUACAUACAUUUUUAAUCUGCCGAUACAUCUGUCUUCUUAGCGCUGCUGGUUUUUACUUAUCCUAUCAAGCUAAGGCCUCAUCACAGCCAUUGCACCAUUUGCCAGUAAGGCCGAAGAAUCCAGCUCAUUUGAAAAUUCAACUCGUUUUCUGUUUGAGGAUUAAAGAAUGCAUGAUGGAUUGAUAGAACAACCCCAUGUGUCUGGCCCAGAACAGCUGAUCUGAUAUACUAUAAUGACUGUGUACCUUGGCAGGGAUUAGGACGUAAUGAGUUCACAGGUAGAGCACAGGCACACUGGCAUGGCUGAACACAUUGUGCAGACAAACUAGGUGUGUAUAGUAUGUAACUGUAUAUAGAUGGAAAGAUAUGAUGUAUGAGGCUCUGACAAAAAGCUCAUUUAAGCUGAAAGGAUUCUUCUUCUUCUUUUUCUCCCUUACAUUAAAUAUGAAUACUGUGUGCAUAACCAUGCAAAAAAAAAAAAAAAGUCAGAUUUCAUUUGUAUCAUAAAGAAACCAGGAAUGUACACCAGUGGACACAGAGUAAAUGAACAAACUUUGGACAUUUAAACAAAAGUCUGUACAUUGAUGAUUUUACUAAUGUUUAUUGUGCAUCCAGUUUGUGUGUUUGCUUGUUGAAUUGCACAUUAAUGCAUGUAUAACCUACAAAUUUAACCACUGGAUCAGGCCUUUCUUUCAGGAAUCUGUUCAUCAAAAGCAGAUUUUGGAAAAAAAAAAAAAGUUUUUUCACAUCAUAGUGAUAGCAACAGCAGAACUUAACUUUUGUCUCUAAAACAAGGGCCAGAAAUGUGAGAAAAAGAGUAAGUUAGCAUAUCAAACAUAUGCAGAAUAAAUACCACUUAA